UGUCCCCAGAUGACCACGCCUCUGCCAGCAGAACGUCUUUGCAGUUCCCUACAGCGGGGAGCGCCGGAGUUAGCUGGUGUAUGUACUGUACAUACGUGUGAACGGACAAAAAGUUAAGGCAAACAUGACGUACGACUGUGACGUCCUCAUCGUGGGGGCGGGCCCAGUCGGCACCGCUCUAGCGUUGGAGCUCGCCCUACACCGCGUAUGCUUCCGCAUAGUUGAUCGGGAACCCAUCAGGAACGACAAGAGCCGGGCACUGGGCAUCCAGCCCCGGACUCUGGAGCUUCUCAACCGCCAUGGAGCCGCCGACACGAUCGUCCAGAGAGGCCGCAUCCUUCGCGGUGCGGUUACGCACAUCGACAGACAGCGUGUUUCCCGCCUUACCCUGGAUGACCUCGGCACCACGGACACCGAAUUCCCCUUGCCCCUUAUCCUCUCCCAGGUCGAAACGGAGAGGUUUCUGGAUGAGUGUCUCUCCGAGUAUGGCAUGAGCGUUGAGCGCCCCGUCAUCGCCAGCAAUAUCAUCCAGCACGACGCCGGAGUCACCGUCACUCUCGAGCGCCCGGACGGGAAGAGCGACACAAUACGUACCAAGUACGUGGUCGGCUGCGACGGGGCUCACAGUACCGUCCGCCAUGCCUCCAAGAAGAUGACCUUUCCCGGAGGUGCCUACCCCCAAGACUUUGUCCUUUGCGACGCCCGCUUGCGGGACUCCAACAUUGCUCGAGACAGCCUGAGCGUCUACCUUAACAACCAGGGCCUCGUCGGCACUCUACCGCUCGAUCAGGAGCUCGUCCGCGUGGUUGUGUCGCGGAGUCCCGUCGCCGUUCCAGGCCAAGAAGCGCCCACCCUGGACCAGCUGCAGGCUUACUUCACCACCAUGACGCCGCCCGGCUCUGGCACCCUUCACGAUCCACUCUGGCUUACCCGCUUCCGCCUUCAUCACCGCUGCGUCAACCAGUACCGCGACGGCCGCCUCUUCGUCGCGGGCGACGCCGCCCACAUCCAUUCUCCCGCCGCCGGGCAGGGCAUGAACGCGGGCAUCCAGGACUCGAUCAACCUGGGCUGGAAGCUCGCGCGUGCCCUGUCCCUCCAAACCGAGUCGGCUCUCCCCCGAUCCCAGGCUUGGGCCGCGGCUGACGCCCUCCUCGACACGUACGAUCUAGAGCGCCGCCCCGUCGGCUUGAUGCUGCUCCGGGGAACGGACCGCAUCUUCUCCUUCCUCACAGAGCCCAACCCUUGGUUCACGCCGUUCCGCAACUUCCUUAUCCGGUUUUUCGCCCCGCGCAUCUCGCGCGAUCGGGCGUGGAGGAAGUCGGUGUUCCACUUCAUGUCUCAGUUUGGAGUCCACUAUCGCGGGCGCACCCGGCUCGUGGGGGAGGCGAGCGGCUUCUGGUGGCGCCCGACCAUCCGGGGCGGCGAUCGGUUACCGGACGGGAAGAUCUGGUCCAAGAGCGAAGCGAGAGAGACGAGCCUGCAGAGAGUAUGCGUGGGAGCGCCGCACCAUCUGCUGCUCUUUUCCGGAAAUGCUGCAAGGGGGGGCCUGGGAGAGGAGGCGUUGAGGAGCGCGGCGGACGGGGUGGUGGCAGCCUGCAAGACCGAGCUCCGGGUACACUACAUCGCCGGCGAUGACAGACCGACGCCGGGACCUGAUUGGUACACCGAUUCGGCCGGCAGGUUGCACGACAAGUUUGGGUUCGGGAGGAAGGCCGGGUAUGUGCUUGUCCGACCGGACGGGUACAUUGCCCAUAUUGGGCCGCUGUCUAAGCUGCGGCAGUUACUCUCGUUCCUAGACACGUACCUUGUCUCACCCAACGUCGCGCCGUCUCCAUCACCCUUUACCUAUGUCAAACCUCUUGCUUGGGCGGUUGUGGUCGCCUAUUUCGCACCCCAAGUGAUAAGAUGGGUUGCUCAGAGAGUCUGGUCCUGAAGCAGGAUUCAUGUCAAAAAAAAUAAAAACAAAACAAAAACAAAAACAAAAACAAAGAUAAAAAUAAAAAAGCAGUUUACUCAUGGGUUCGCCAUGGGGACCAUGUUUGGCCUGUCUGUAUAUAUAUAUAUAUAUCAGUAUCUCUCCCUCCAAAUUAUCGGGAAUGCAUACAUCGCUCCCUCCGGG